CUACCCUUUCUCUCUGUGUCGCCGUGCAGGGUUGGAGCCGCUGUCCCUGGUCUGGCACGUUCCCCUAAAUUUUUGUGUUAAAUUUGAUGCCCCUUUUUUAGAUUCUACAAUUUGCGACGGCAUUUAAAAUACAUACACAGGCGUUCCAUACCGGUGUUUAAAAAAAUUGUUUUUUUGGGUCAAAUAUACCCUUUAUCCUGUAAAAUGGCGGUGUUAAGCGGGUCGUCUGGGCCGGUUGCCCGGCUUGAGGGCCGUGAAUUCGAAUACUUGAUGAAAAAGCGCUCGGUGACUAUCGGGAGGAACUCGUCUCAGGGCUCCGUGGAUGUGAGCAUGGGUCAUUCCAGUUUCAUUUCUCGAAGACAUCUUGAAAUAUUCACUGUUAGUGAUGAUAGCACUGGUGGUGGAGACUUCUACUUGCGAUGCCUCGGCAAAAAUGGGGUGUUCGUGGACGGAGUGUUCCUCAGACGGGGUGCCCCUCCUCUGCAACUACCACGAAUGUGCACUUUCAGGUUUCCCAGCACAAACAUCAAGAUCACAUUCACAGCCCUGUCCAAUGGGAAGAGGGAGAAGCGCGAGGCGCCCGAGUCUCCAGUAAAACCAGUCCAGAUCUCCCCGCUCACCAUAAACAUUCCAGACAACAUCGCCCACCUCAUGAGCCCCCUGCCCUCGCCCACCGGCACCAUCAGUGCUGCCAACUCGUGCCCCUCCAGUCCCAGGGGAGCGGGCUUGUCCGGCUACAGGAUGGGUCGCAUCGUCAGCUCUGCAGAGCUACAGCUCAUAAACGACAACUCCCAGUCAGAGAACGACAAGGAGGCCUCAGGAGGGGACAGCCCCAAGGAUGAUUCCAAACCUCCAUACUCAUAUGCACAACUGAUAGUCCAAGCCAUUACGAUGGCACAGGACAAGCAGCUCACACUAAACGGAAUAUACACUCACAUCACCAAAAACUACCCCUACUAUAGGACUGCAGACAAAGGCUGGCAGAACUCGAUCCGUCACAAUCUGUCUCUGAACCGCUACUUUAUUAAAGUGGCCAGAUCGCAGGAGGAACCGGGAAAGGGCUCGUUCUGGAGGAUAGACCCGUCCUCAGAGGGCAAGCUCAUGGAGCAGGCCUUCAGGAAACGAAGGCCGCGGGGUGUGCCCUGCUUCAGGACCCCCCUCGGACCCCUCUCCUCCAGGAGUGCCCCAGUCUCCCCUAAUCACUCUGGAGUCCUCUCGGCCCACUCGAGUGGGGUGCAGACCCCUGACAGCCUAUCCCGAGAGGGUUCCCCUGUCCCCAUGGAACCAGAGCCUGCUCCGGCCCCGCCCCCUGCCACAGCAGUCCAGCCCAAACUAGCUGUCAUCCAGGAGGCCCGCUUUGCACAGAGUGCACCAGGCUCCCCUCUCAACAGCCAGCCGGUGCUCAUCACGGUUCAGCGUCAGUUACCUCAGACGAUAAAGCCGGUGACCUACGCCGUUGCCACACCUGUGACUACCAGCACCAACCAGAACCAGCAGCCCGUCAUGCAGACGGUGCACGUCGUCCACCAGAUCCCUGCCAUGUCUGUCACCAGCGUGGCCGGGCUCAGUGCCGCCAACACCUACACAGUGGCCACCUCCGCCAUGGUCACCCAGUCCACCAUGGUCACCCUCAAGACUGAGCCCCAGGAGAACGGAGACUACUCAGAGGCCAAAGUAAAAGUAGAAUCGGUUCCAACCAUCACCCAUGCCUCUAUAGGCGGUGGCAGUCGCAUCAUCCAGAAUACCCAGUCGGCCACGCCCUUACAGACGGUAACCUUAGUGCAGCAGCAGCCGCCCCUGGGCCUUCACCAGCUCCCCAUAAAGACCAUCACACAGAACGGCACCCACCUGAUGCCCAUGCAGGCCGCUGCAGCCACAGCUGUUGCGAGUCCUCUCCACUUGCUGGCCACUCACGCUUCAGCUUCUGCUUCUCUCCCGACCAAACGACAGAACGGAGCCCAGGCGGCCAGCGAUCAGCCCAACGCUAAGCGCAUCAAAACAGAGGAAGGGGACAGCGCCACCACCACCGCAACCCUCGCAGCAGACAGUGACUCGUUGGCAGCCGGUGACCAAGGCAGCCACCACAACUAGUCUUCUCCAACAACACCACCAUCUAGUUUUUUCCUUUCCUUCCUUUUAUUUCCCCGUUCUUCCAUUGACUCCCAAGGUGCCAAAAGGAGAAGAUUUUCAGUUGGGUUUAACCAUUGUAGAGGAUUGGAAAAUAUGACCACCCCUUUAAAAAGAAAAGACUAAAAGAAAAUGAGUUGAGAUUGAAAAAAGGACAACUAGGACAAGGAAGAACUCUAAUUUAAAGGUACCCCUGUGAGACAUCGCCACUGAGGAGGAGGAGGAUGAUGACUACUCCCAAGACCACAGGAAGCCUUAACAACAAUUAACCUUCAACAUGAUGAGCUGAACUUUGACCACCUGCAGCAAGCGGUCUGAAUGAGGCCCAUGUUAGCCCGGUGGUCGCGCGGCACCUCUGUCUCAACUACCUCAGUGCAGAUUGGGGGCCACGGCCAAGGGCACCACUCAACGGACCCAUGGGACGACUGGACGAAGUGACCAACUAGCAGCAUUUGAUGCAAACAUGACAUGUCAACGAGUGCAUUCAGCAAAAGGGAUCAAAACACUCUGAGCCAAUUCCUGGACCUUUGGCAGCUAGCCUUUCAUAUACUGACCUACCCUUAUUGCUGCUGUAAGUAGAUGAGCAGUAUUUGGUUGUUCAUAUGUGGACCGUUGGAUCUGUUUUGUAUGCAUUUUCAUUUAUAUAGGUACAAAAGUCAUAACAAUCAUUUCAAUAAAGAAAGCAUACAGCAGUGGGGUCAAUGACAUUUCAAUCAAUCCACCUGAACUUCAAAAAUCUCGCUGUUUGUUUGUAUGUGAACUUCUUUUCUGUUCAGUGAAACUAAGUGUAGUUUCUUUUUACAAUUCUAUCAAUGGAGUGUUUUUUUCCUGUCAAAUCAUAUCCAAAUCAAUUUGCUUUGUUACACUUGCACAGAUAACCAGUAAGAUAUAAACAUAUUCAUUCCAUGUGUAGUUUAUCAGAUGCCUCCUCGUUGAGCUUGCAUGUAACAGACUAGAGAAAAGUACCUGAGCCGUUAACGCUUGAUUCCUUAGUUGAAACAUUAACAAAGUGGGCCACCCUGCCUCUGUUUUUGGUAAGAAGCUGAGGGAUGGGCCUGGAUAAAUGGAACCACUCUCAAAUUCAGACUGAGCUAUGGAUGCAAGGACUCACCAUCCAUGAUAUCAAAAUUAUGGUUUUAACCAUGUUUUGAAGCUAUACUGUGCUUUACAUUUACAUUGUUUACAAACAUUGGCGUAGAACAAGUUUAUAUUCUGGAUUCUGAUGGGGUACGAGAGUUGAACUAAGCUCAUGAGACAUUUAUAAGUUAUUAUUCAAGAAUCGAUGGGUAUAUAUCAUUCAUUUAAAAGUCAAAAAAUGGAUGUAGCAACUAAGGAUUCUAGCUUUAACUGUAAAUUUAACAGAAGAAAAGAGCUGCUUAAAACCAGACCAGAUCUGCACUUGGUAAAAUGUUCGUUUUUUUCCCUCCUUUUUUGUUUUCUUUCUCCCUCGUUAUCCUUGGCUGUGGUGACUUUGUGGUGUGGACAGACCCUUUGCUUGAUUAUUUUAUUCUGUUCCGGCAACCUGACGAGUCUGUCUUCAGAUUGUAUAUGUUCCAAACUAAAGAAAAUACAAGUGAUGGAUAUUUGUUCUGCUUCAGUGGAUAAAUGCUUUUUUUUUAUUUUAUAUAAAUUAAUUUAAAACCUUU